CGGGUUGGUUAGUAAAAAGAAGCCGAGCCGCUUGCUUUUACCUUUACUUGACUGUGAGCAGCGAGCAGCGGUGUUCAUCGGCGAGGCCUAAGUCGCAGUCGCGAUCUCUCCUCUCUCCGGCUGACCGCCUCCGACGCCGAUGCGGAGCGUCUCGUCCGAGGAGGAGGAGGCGGACGACCAACCCAACGACCGCCUGCGUCGCACCUGCGCCUCCUCUUCGGAGGUUGGUGUGCCCGCGGAAGCGCUUCUGCCUGGAUCCGAUGCUCUCUGCUGGGAACCCAAAUCGGAGAAGCGGCCGACCGAUGUCUCCGAAGUGGAGAUGAUGAAGGAGAGGUUCGCGAAGCUUCUUCUCGGCGAAGACAUGUCCGGCGGAGGAAAGGGCGUAUCCACCGCACUCGCGAUCUCGAACGCCAUCACCAAUCUCUCCGCUACUGUGUUUGGGGAGCUAUGGAGGUUGGAGCCCCUGGCGCCGCAGAAGAGCGCGAUGUGGCGGAGGGAGAUGGAAUGGCUACUAAGCGUGAGUGACCACAUUGUGGAGCUAAUCCCGGCCAUCCAAGAGUUCCCCGGCGGGGGCACCUUCGAGGUGAUGAUCUCCCGCCCACGUGCCGACCUCCGGGCGAACCUUCCGGCUCUCAGGAAGCUGGAUUCCAUGCUCCUCGGCACGCUGGAUGGGUUCCGAGAAACCGAGUUCUGGUAUGUAGAUCGGGGAAUCCUGGUGGCUGAUGCUGAUGGGGAUGGAACCAAGUCGCCGGCACGAAGGCCAUCGUUCAGGCAGGAAGAGAAAUGGUGGUUGCCAGUUCCGAGGGUUCCACCGGACGGUCUGUCGGAGGAGGCGAGGAAGAGGCUGCAGCAGUCUAGAGAUUGUGUGAAUCAGAUCCUGAAGGCAGCAAUGUCCAUUAACAGUGGAGUGCUUGCUGAGAUGGAGAUUCCUGGCGUUUACUUUGAGGCACUACCUAAGAGUGGGAAAUCCUGUUUAGGCGACAUCAUUCACCGCUACAUAACCGCCGAGCAAUUUUCACCUGAUUGUCUUCUGGACUUUUUGGACUUGUCUUCUGAGCACCAUAUUCUCGAAAUAACAAAUAGGAUCGAGGCAGCAAUAUAUGUUUGGCGGUUGAAAGGCCAAAAGAAACACCCAAAAACAAAAGGCAAGACAAAGUCAUGGAGUGGAAAGGUUAAGGUUCUUGUUGGUGACAGUGAAAGAAACCUACUUUUUGCUUCCCGGGCUGAUGGCCUCUUGCAAAGCCUCCGACUUCGUUUCCCUGGUCUCCCUCAGACUGAUCUGGAUAUGAACAAGAUUCAGUAUAAUCGGGAUGUGGGACUGUCCAUUCUUGAGAGCUAUUCGAGGGUAAUGGAGAGUUUGGCUUUCAAUAUCGUGGCAAGAAUUGAUGACUUGAUCUUUGUGGACGAUGCUACAAAAAAAUGUGCUGCUGCUGAAGCUAUUGCAGUCUUUGAUUAUCGAGGACUAGGAGGACUUCCACUUCAAAAACGAUUCUCGCCCAGCCCAUUGUCCAUGAAUAGUUCACCACCUUAUCCCUCACCAUUUGAUACACCCACAUUUUGUGCUUCCACUCCAGUGACCGGAAGUCCAUUGAGAAUUCCAUCGUUAAGCAACGGCAGGCUCCAAGGUCCAAAGCCUAUUUCUCAUGAUAUAGAGACAAUAUGGUCAUAUACUAGGAACUUAAGUGGCAGAAGAGAAACAGGAGAUUCCCAUGGGAGGGACUAACUUCAAAACGAAGCCGAGCAACACCCUUGCAAAUGAGUCCAAGGCUGUUUAUCACUUGGGAAUUAUCAAGCAUAUGAGAUGCGGACCAGUAAUUGUCGGGUGCUUAGAGUUGUCUGUGUACAGAAACAACGAAUAUCAAGUUUUGCGUUUUACUCUUCUUGGAUUUCAGCA